UUUUAGAUAAAGGCACCGGUGGCAUAAAUCUGAAAUCUUUCGGAAGAUUGUAUUCUCAGAAAAUUCUGAAGGCAUGAAACGCAAGAAGGGAGCCAAAGGAAGUCUGAAAAAAGUAAAAAAGAAUGAUCUCAUCUUCAUGGAUGAUCCUAAUUCGCCUUCAAUUUCAAUUGAAGGAGAAAAUUAUAUGGGCCAAACUGGUGAAAGUCAAGGUAAAUUUGAGCUGGAGGUUAAACAACCCACCUGUCUCGAUAAUAGAAUAGCAAAAGGUUCAAACAGUGAUGCUGAUGUUUCAAGCUUUAAAUCAAAAACGAAUGCUGGCCAUAGCCGUGUUAAAGUUAAACUCAAAACCUCUAAAUUGUUAGAAGAUCAUAAACGUUCUUCAGAUGCAAUAAUGCCAAGCGUAAAUACACCUAGUGAUACAGAUAAAAGCAACUCACAAUUUGCCAUGGAGAUGAAUGAAAUGACUUCUAGUAAGAUGGAUGCUACUUGGUCUGACGGUCAAGCUUUAGAAACGAGCAACGUGGUUCCAGAAAAUCCAACAAGAAAAACAGGAAGCAUCAAGAUAAAAUCUUCAAGGGGAUCGGGGCUUUCAGAUUUUUCGGCAAAGCAAAUGGAGUCGAAGAUUCCUCAUAAGGAAUUUUGUUAUAAUACAAAGGAUCUAAAUUCUGCAUUGACGGUGAUUAGGAAAGUUAUGAAAAUGGAUGCUGCCGGGCCUUUUAAUGCUCCUGUUAACCCUGUCGCUCUUGGAAUUCCUGAUUAUUUUGAUAUCAUCGACACUCCUAUGGAUUUUGGAAGCAUCUGUAAUGAUCUAGAGCAUGGAGCCAAGUACAAGAAUUCCUUAGAUGUGUAUAAUGAUGUGCAGUUUAUCUGGGAUAACUGCUACAAGUACAACAACAAGGGUGAUUACAUUUUGGAACUAAUGAAACGGGUGAAGAAAAACUUCAUGAAGUACUGGACUGCUGCUGGUUUGCUUACAGAAAUGCCAAUUGGUACUCAAGUUGAAGAUGUUCUCAGGUCUCAUCAGGACAAAUCAACAUCAAAAAUCAAAUCAAAGCAUAAACGUCGACGCCAUGGAAUAGAUGGCCAUAAAAGCAAUUGUCUAUGUGCAGUCUGUGUAGUAAGGCGCCGCAGAAAGGAACGCGAGGAACAAUCAGGAGCAUUUGAGACCCACAUGAUCGUUACUCAUGCCAGUUUAUCUAAUGAACCUAAGUUGGAGGUAAGUUCUGCUGACAACCCUUGCAGUGAAGGUACUGCCUCAACCUUUGAUCACUCUCCCGAAACUGAAGCUGAUGCUGAAAUGGGCGAAGCUGGAAAGGUCGAGUCAAGGACGAUUCUUGAACCAACGGGCAGCGAUGAACCCGAGAAGAUUGGCGCCUCGUGUGGAGAGAUUGAACUCUAUCCUAAUGCCACCAACAAUGAAAAUUUCGACAACUUGUCACAUGAGAAUGGCAACAAGGAUGAUUCUAAUCAACAUUUUAAUGGUGAAGAAUGGCCUCAGUCUAACUCAUCUAAGCACAGUUACAAGAAAGAUGAAGAUGAAAAUGAUGACGAGAUUAGGCAAGGGGAAUUGUAUCCAAGCGGUCAGGAAAUUAAACUGUUGGAGAACCCGCCUCAGCAGGAGAAUAACUCAGUAUUAUGGCUAUGCAGGGAUCUGUUUUCUGGAGACCGCAAGUCUGUCUGGAAUGGACCCCAUUCCUUAAACAGAAAGCUUUCAUCUGCGACUGCAAGACAGAAUAAUCCCAUACGAAGUGCAUUGGCGACAUUAAUGCACUCAUAGACUUUGUUUUGGGACGGCUUUCUUUAUGUUUUUUGAAGUAGUUUUUUAGUACAAAUUAUUUUAAAAAGCAUUUAGAAAGUCAUCCCAAAUGGAGCCAUAGCGGACAGCCUUCUUUUUCUCAAGUGAGUUCUUCUAAUUUCAUGUAGAUUUAGAAAAUAAUGAUGUAUACUACAUGCAUUUUGUGUAAUCUAGCAUAAUACAAUUCAAAAACUGCUUGCAUGAUGGUGAAACUGACACUUAUAUCAUUGUAAGUUUAAGAA